AUGUCGCUAAAUGGCCAGUCGCCAGUAUUCGGCCCCGAUAUGCAGAUGGAUUCGGCCGAUGAGGAUGGCAGGUCAUGGCAUAUGCUUUCAACACCUCCACGUAGUCAUGAGUCUUACCCAGACGGCAUGAUAAACAGGGCAAAUGAUGACCGACGCGAAAAUAGUGUUACCCGAAGCGAGCAUCCUCUAAGCGAGACACAUGACGAAGAGCGAUCAGACCCCAUUGCUGCGGAAGUGCCUACACGUCAGGAAAUAUAUAACUGGGUUGAAGAGGAAGAGUUGGACGAAGGGGAGAAACUGGCUCGGCGUAUCGUCUAUAUCCUCACCGCUGGUCUUGUGUCAUGUCCGGCGGAUCAACACAAGAACCAGGACGCAUCACACCUCGCAACUUGCCGCCGCCAUCUACACCUCCGUGAGACGUGGGCUGGGUCCAGCGCCAGACGGAAGCUGGCGCCCGCCGUUCACGACAUCGACAGCUUCCUACAUAUCACGAAAGAUCCGCGCAGCCUGCGAAGGCCGUUGAACAUAUAUAUCACGGCCCAGCCAAGCCUCCUCCUCUCCAAAUCCAUUCACGUCCGCGUGCCCAUACGGGUGGGAGAGAAGAUCAAGCAGGUCCCGAUCUACCAGAUCCCGCACACCGUGCUUGCUCACCAAAGGCCACGAACGGUCUACAUGUUCUUCCCGCGGCUCUACGACGAGAAGCGCCGGAAGAAGGGCCCAGUACCCCUGCGAGAGGAGCAGAAUAGGCUGUUCUUCGACGGCUUCAUCAGGCCAAGCAUCGAGAAGAUUGGACCGCACUUUAUGCACCACUUGCCUGAAAGCUAUGACUCCGUCCGGGCAGCAUCGCACAUCGCCAGGGAGUCGUCGGGCUCGGCGGCUGUACGCGGGGCGGCCUUUGAGGUGCCAUAUAGCGAGGAGAACCUUCCCAGGUUGUGGAGCGUCAUGCAGGAGGCACUCGAUCGUGCGGAGCGCGACAUGGCGGCUGACGGGCUCCGACCCGGCGACGGCGGGGGAGUGCGGGAGACAGAAGAUGCCAGUAGCCAGGAAGAUGAGGAAGGGGAAGGUGAAAAUUAUGACCUUGACGAAGGCGACUGGCAAGCUCCAAACAGAAGGGGGAGCGAGGAGGAGCAGGCUGCAGGAGACGGUUGGAAGCCUCCCCGGACCCCGCGCGCCGCCACAACGGAGUAUCCUGUACACAUGCUGCGAGACUCCAUCUCCACCACUUCAGAGCCCAGGAGAACCAGUCCUAUCUUUAGGCGCGGCGUCUCGUAUGUACAAUCCUACACCGUAGAGGAGGGGAACUUCAACGUGGCCGCCAUCUGGGCCUUCUUACACCCCAACAUCUUCAACCUCGCGCACAGCGAAGAGGCCUGGGCGGCAGUGGCCCGAACGGGUAACAUCAAGGCUAGCCGCCAGGACACGGAACGGGCACUAUCGCAGUCAAUCCAGCGCAUGGCUAGCAACCUUGAGGACCCGUCACGGGGGUACGGCUGGCGGGUUGAGCUGCGCAUCACGACAGCACUCGCGGCUCAGUUGCGGCCGGCAGAGAUCCAGUAUAAGCAUAUCCCGGCAUUCCUGUGCAAUAGAAAUCACAUCUCUGCUCUCAGCCAAAUAGGCCAAUGUCCACGCGAACUACCUGGACCGCCUAGCGACUACCAAGCCCUAUUGGGUAUAUAA